AGGGAGAUGCUGCACACGCACGGCGUGACCCUGCUGCACCGGCAUCCGCGCCUGCUAAAGCACCAGCAAACAUUUUUAAAUCAGCUGAGGGAGAUCACUGGUAUCAAUGACAUCCAGGUACUACAACAGGCACUGAAGGACAGCAAUGGUAAUCUGGAGUUGGCUGUGGCUUUCCUCACUGCGAAGAACGCCAAGGUUCCCCAGCUAGAGGAGGCAACUUACUAUCAAACAGCCCUUCCUGGAAAUGACAGAUACAUCAGCGUGGGCAGCCAAGCAGACACCAAUGUGAUUGAUCUCACUGGAGAUGAUAAAGAUGAUCUUCAGAGGGCAAUUGCCUUGAGUUUGGAGGAAUCAAACAGGGCAUUCAGGGAGACUGGAAUAACAGAUGAGGAACAAGCCAUUAGCAGAGUUCUAGAAGCCAGUAUUGCAGAAAAUAAAGCAAGUUUAAAGAGGACACAUCCAGAGGUAUGGAGUGACUCUCCAAACCCUUAUGAUCGAAAGCGGCAAGACAACUGUCCAGUAGGAUUAAAGAAUGUUGGCAACACCUGCUGGUUUAGUGCUGUCAUUCAGUCAUUAUUUAACCUCCUGGAGUUUCGAAGACUAGUUUUGAAUUUCAAUCCUCCUGCAAAUGCUCAAGACUUGCCCCGAAACCAAAAGGUAAAAUUAGAAGCUAACUUCCCCUAG